AUGGCGGAGGAGAUUUCUGGUAAAGAAAAUUAUUUCAUGACUCUUAAGGGUUUACUCACUGAGGUUUAUCUGCUUAUAAUUCGGGUCGGGUCUAGCCGGGUCAGGAUCAAUUCGACCCGGUACGAUUUUCGUGGCCCAAAUAAGAUUGUUAUCUCGCUCUCUCCAAUUUUGACUUACACUUUCUCGAAGUUUCUUCCGGUUAGGAACGCACAGUAG